AUGCGCGUCUACUCCCUGCUUGCCUUCUUCCGGCCGGCGUUUCCCCUCAUUCUAGGGCUCUCACUGGGGUGCAGCCUCAGUCUGCUUAUGGUAUCCUGGAACCAGGAGGAGCCCGAGGAACCCUGUAACAGUGAGCUGGCUAAUGGUGGGCUUGUGCCAGGGAGACCAAAGGGUGACCCCCAGAGCAAUCACAGAGACUUGGCUAAUGAGGAUUUCCAGCCUCGCGUCAUUCCAUACCAGAGGGACCCUAGCAAGCCACAUAGGAAAGUGCUUAGGACCCGUUACAUUCACACAGAGCUGGGAAUCCGAGAGCGCCUCCUGGUGGGCGUGUUGACUUCCCGCGCCACCCUCAACACGCUGGCGGUGGCUGUGAACCGUACUGUGGCCCAUCACGCUCACCGCACCUUUUUCUUCACUGGCUUGCGCAGUGCCAAGCUGCCGCACGGCAUGACUGUAGUUGCCCACGGCGACGACCGGCCCGUCUGGCUCAUGUAUGAGACGGUUCGGCACCUGCACCAGCACCAUGGUACUGACUACGACUGGUUCUACCUGGCGCAGGACGACACGUACACGCAUGCCGAACGGCUGGCAGAGUUGGUGGGCCACUUGAGCUCCGGCCAGGACCUCUACAUGGGCCGGCCGGAGGAGUUCAUCGGCGGGGAGGAGCGUGCACGUUACUGCCACGGCGGGUAUGGCUACCUGCUCUCCCGCAGCCUGCUGGCCCGCUUGCAGCCCCACCUGGACACCUGCCGCAAUGACAUCCUGAGCGUCAGGCCCGACGAGUGGCUCGGCCGCUGCAUCAUCGACUACUUGGGUCUGAACUGCGUGGAAGAGCACCAGGAGAUGCGUUACCGCUACUUCGAGCUGGGGAAGAAUGCGGACCCGGAGCGUGAGGACAGCCUGCAGUUUAAGAACGCCUUUACGGUCCACCCAGUCUCGGAGCCAGACCUCAUGUACCGUUUGCACAAGCAUUUCAGCCAGAUCGAGUUGGACCAGACGUACUUGCAGAUUCAGCAGCUACAGGUCCAGAUCAGUAACUUAAGUGAGCUGACGCCAGAGGGUAAAACCGCAGCCAGCUGGCCAAUCGGCAUAAAUCCGCCGUUCCAGCCUAAGACGCGUUUUGAAGUCAUCAGCUGGGAGUACUUCACGGAGGAGCACAUUUACUCAUGCACUAACGGCGCCCCCAAGUGUGAGCUGCGGGGCGCGGAUAAGGCUGACAUCAGUGUCGUGCUGGAGACUGCAGUGGAACGCCUGAACGAGCGUUACCAGCCCCAGCUUCGCUUCCGCAUGCACCGGCUCCUGAAUGGCUACCGCCGCUUCGACCCCACGCGCGGCAUGGAGUACACCCUGGACCUGGUCCUGGAAGCUUUCACCCAGAAAGGCCACAGCCAGGUCAUUGCCAAGCGGGUGGGUCUUCUCCGUCCCCUCAGCUCCAUAGAGAUCAUCCCCAUGCCUUAUGUUACAGAGGCUACUCGGGUUCAAGUCAUCCUGCCCAUCACCGCUAAUAACCAGGAUUAUGUGGGGAACUUCCUGGAUACGUAUGCGAUGAAUGCCUUGGACACACACGACAAUGUUCUUCUUACCUUCCUCCUCAUCUACGACCAGUUCGAUGCUCAGAGGGUCAAGGAGGAAGACGUUUUUGCUGGGGUCAAGUCAAUGAUCGGAGAGGUUGAAAAGCGGUACAGCGACGUGAAGAUCCCAUGGAUCAGUGUGAAAACUGAGGUGCCUUCGCAGGUCAAGCUCAUGGACAUCAUUUCCAAGAAGCACCCAGUGGACACUCUGUUUUUUAUGGCGAACGUCUGGACCGAGGUGAACGGUGACUUCCUGAACCGUUGCCGUAUGAAUGCUAUAAAUAAUUGGCAGGUCUUCUUCCCCAUUCACUUCCAGGAGUAUAACCCAGCCAUUAUGUAUCGCGAGCAGCAGCCCUCUGCCGCAGGCUCCCCCUUCAGCUCUGACCCUUUGCGCAACGGCCACUUUGACCGGCAUGUCUUUGACGAAUCCUGCUUCUACAAUGUGGACUACAUGGCUGCUCGCACCAAGAUGACCACUGACAUCCUGGACAACGACGAGCUCCUGGAAAGCAUGGACGUCUAUGAUAUCUUUAUCCGCUACUCUGGCCUCCAUGUGUUCCGGGCCGUGGAGCCGGCACUAGUCCAGAAGCAUGUGCGCCGGCCCUGCAACCCUCGCUUCAGUGAAGACAUCUACCAGCGUUGUAUACUGAGCAACCUAGAGGGCCUUGCGUCUCGCUCGCACCUGGCCAUGGCUCUCUUUGAGCAAGAGCAAGCUAACAGCACCUAGCUGCUAUGAAGCUGGGUACAUGGACCCUUUUUAUACUGCUCUGACCGCGGUACUCUUGGACAGAUUAGGCUAGCAGUAAUUAGCCUAUGCAUUGGUCAGGUGUUACUGCUCUUGUAGAACUCAGGAGUCUUUUACCCCAUCAUAUUAGCAAUGUUUCGUAUCUAAAUAUGAUUGAGGGAAUUCCCAUCAGGAAAUCAUAAAACAACUUGGAGGGCCUAGAUUCGUUGUCUAGCAUCAGUCUCUCAUAAACAUCAGUUUAGGAAGAAGAAUAUCACUUUUUUUUUUGAAAGGCAUUGAUUUACGUGCUAAUUCUAUUUUUUUCCAAUGUGCACUUCUUCCAUGCCUUGCAUCUAUGGGGCCAGGAAUCUUAAGUCAAAAGCGUCGUAAGGAGAGUGACUGAAUGUAUUCAUGCUGACUGCUGUCAUUGGGCAGUUUGUAGGUCAGUGCGAAAAUUCCCUUGACUGUGCCGCUGCCUCACUGGGCAUGAAGAACAUAUGCUUUUUGGCUAAUGCUGCUCAUUGCUACGAGUAUAUGAAGAGUAACUGCAACUGAGGUUGUUUGGUUGUACAAGAUCCUACGUGCCAUAAACCCGAGUGAUUUUAAGUUACAUUUGCUAAUGUCAGCCCAGUUACAUAUGAGUACAAUCAGGGAUCAAAACGAGCAAUGUUCAGAAAAUUAUUUUCAGCUAUGCUUUAAUAUUUUUUUUAAUAUUAAAUGUUGAAUGUAAACGGUUCAUCUAUAUCUAUAUGAGGAAAUGUGUGCGAGUUAUUGGAACUUUCUUAAUAAAUACUGUAUGUGAGUUGAA